CUCAGUCUCGUCUGUCGCAAUCCAGUGCAGAUAUACGUGCAAUUACCCUGUCAACAGUGCUUAAAAUCUCUCGCGGUGCGAGUGCCGUUGCUGUUCGUACAGUGAUCGAUAACGUUCGCCAACCGAUAACCUUUUCCGGUUCAUCGGUUUGACGGAAGAGAAUCGCGCGACGCGGUCCACGUGAAGGAAAAAUUAAACGUCUCUCCGUCUCGCGGUUCACGGCGAUUCGAAUCGCCGCUGUCGCCACCGCCGCCGCCGUCUUCCGAGCGUAGCCGCGAUCAGUCGGUACCGCACGCUGCGCCCGGUGAGUUUGACGUUUCGGGCAACGUGUGGUUAAACGGUUACAGUUCAGUCAAGGGUGGUGUUCGACGUCCGCGUGUACCAUGACUGUUUCGUGAAAUCAGUGAAAUCAUCGAUGCGUUGUCAACGGUUUCUAACCUAGUUUGAUAAUCAGCGCAAGACGUAACCGUGUGUGAAGUGUCAUAGUGUGAACAGUGAAGGAAAAGAACAAAGUUACCACGGAUUCGAGAUGACUCGCCACCUGUGGCUAAGUGUAACGUUGGUUUUCCUCGUGAUGUCAGGUGCGAGCUGCCUGCGGGAUGUCAGCCUAGAAGUAGUUCCGGAGGUGGUGCAACGUGGUCAGAAGGCGAUUCUGCGCUGCCAUUACGAUCUCGAGAAGGCUCCUCUCUACUCUCUCAAGUGGUACCGUGGCAACAGUGAGUUCUACCGUUUCACGCCAAGCGAGGAACCGACCACGAUGAUCUUCAACAUAACCGGAAUUCACGUUGACAUUGACAACUCGAACAAGAGCCAAGUUACGUUGCGGGAUAUCGACUUCGCCGUCUCGGGUACGUUCAGUUGCGAAAUUACAGCAGACGCGCCGACCUUCUCCACAGCCUCUGGCGAGAAGAAUCUUACGGUAGUGUCUCUACCCGAAGGCACACCCAUUAUCGUAUCGGAACGUGAACGUUACGACCCGGGAGACACUUUGAGGGCAAAUUGUAGCUUACCACCCUCCGAGCCAGCGGCUCAUCUCUCAUUCACCCUGAACAAUGUGCCGGUGGAUUCCUACACAAAACACCAGCCGCAGCAGUACCCGCAACAGAAGUGGGAACGCAACGACGCCCCCGCGCCUCGGGCCGAUCAGCUGGAGAAUCUACAGUGGAUCGAGAUCCGAGUGAAACUUCAACCGUUCCAUUACUCGAAUGGCCAGCUGAAUUUACGAUGCAGCGCACAGAUUCCCGGCAUAUAUUCGGCGAUAAGCGAGGUGCAGCUUGGUGCUGGAUUGCGCGAACCCGUGCCCGAGAGAGUGACCUCGGAUAACGGAAGUGAAGCUUCUACGUCGACCUGUUUGAUGAUUCUGACGGUGUGUACGGUCCAGCUGCUUCUGAGAUAGUCGCGACACGUUUGAGGCCACGGAAAGGGAGCUCAUGGGCGUCGCACGAUAAACAGCGCACUAGUCAAACGAAGGAGUAAAGGUGGAAGGGAAUAGAGGGGCAGUUUAAGGGACGAUCGAACCGUAAAAGGGAGAAAGAGAUAUUGUUGAAAUUCGACAUGGAUAUUACGUGUUUUUCACCGUGCUCGGUUCGGUUUUUGUUCGAGGAACGAUCGCGUAUGCCGUCGCUUUAAUGUUAUCCUCGUCGUACGUCCCCGAAUUUGCGAUCGUUUCGCCGAGAUCGAGACGCGACAACACAAUUUAACACACGGUUCACUGAUACGCUUGUCUGGACUGUCGGAGAUAAAUGUCCGCCGUGGCUAAGGAACAUUGACGCGAUACGCUUUCCGACUCGGCACACGCGCGGAUCUCUCCAGGCGAAUGCGUUCAACGGCGUUUUCGAUUUAAUAUGCUCAAACGAUUUCGCGUCUGGUAAGUAGCGAACAAACGGAUGAUCCUUCGAGGAUUUUUUGAAAAAUGAUUCUGAGGUUAACGUGUGUAUUAUAUUUGCCGAUGGCCAGGAAAAUUUCUGGACAUUUUAUUUGAAAUAAUUAUUUAGUGUGGUGUUAUUUUAUAAUUUAUUUUACGAAUUUCCUUGUAAGAUUUUAUGCACAGUAAUGCAGUGUGGAUCUUGAGACGAGGAUCUUCAAUGACAAUUAAAGAACACUUAUUACAAUCACUAAGCGAAUUAAUAUCUAUUAAUAUUAGCAUGUCUUCUCACUUUUCAUUUAUUAUUCUAUAUAAUAAUGGUAGAUGUCACAUCAUCAAAUGUCCAAUUUACCAAUUAUGUGUUCUUUAUAACAGCCCUUAGAUCGAUUCGUAGUGGACCUCGAAGGAAUUUAUGCCCUUAAGUUGUAAACAUCUGAUUACAUCCCUCGACAUAGUAAUUAAACUCCUUAUAUAAAAUUAGUACCAAAAAUAGUAAAAAGAGAAAAGUGUCACUAUUUUAAAUUAAAGUAACUGCAUACCCAGAAUUUAUAAAGAAGGUUAAAUAGUUAUAAUUCUUUUAUUUUUUUAUAUUUUGAUGUAUUUAUUUAUAACAUAUGAUUUUUGAAAAUCUUUUUAAACUAAAUGAAAUAUUAUGUGACAAAGAACUGCCAUUUAAGAUUCUAAAAUUAUGCCAUCAUAAGCUCGUUGAGUUCAGAUUAUUCAUGGUAUUUAAAAUAAAGUGUUAUAGCUUUGGUGUAACUUUAUAGCUGUGUAACUUUACAUAAUAAAUUUGUAAAAUGUGCUUUAGAAGUUUUGAAAAGAAAAACAAAGUUAAGGUUAAACUGAAAUAACUUAAUGAUUUUUUGAACUUUGCGAAUUUUCUGCCACCUGUAUAUGGAUCAUUAUUACUUAUUUAGAAAUUAUGCAAAAAAUUUAAGAAUGUGUUAAUUAGUUCUUUAAUACCUUCUAAUAGUUUGAAUUUUGCUGCCAGAAGAUUAGUAUUUUGAAGUAGAACAACUCCUUAAAUAGUGACCACCCCUGCGAUUAAUGUAUUAAUAAUUAAUUAGCCUUCCUUUUUGCAAUAACAAUAUGUUACUUUAAUGUUUCUAAGCAAAGUAACAUAAUUAUUACUUAUUAAUAUUUUCUAUGUUGAAAUUAUAUAAUAUUAAAUUCUUAUAUAUUUAGAUUACUGCAUAUUAGAUAAUGGUGAUAACCUUCUCUUCCUCUAAUUCCUAUAUUUACAAAAUAUUUCAUUAUCAAUCAAAAACAAACCAAAACAUACUUUUUCAUCAUUUUAACAUAAGUGAUUGAAAAUUGGAUAUUCACUGAUAGACAAUACAAAGCUAUAAACUGGUUGAUUCAUUAUUUAUUCUAAAGGAGAGCUAACUGAUUGUAAUUAGAAUAUUGAUGAAACAUUUAUGUCGUAAUUUUCAUUAAAUUUUGAGCUUUAAAUUGAGAUGGCAUAGGUGCUAUUUUGUGAUACUUUUAUGUUAUCAAUUAACCCUGUAAGCCCUCUACCUCUAAUUACCAAUUAUUAACUCUUCAAACAGAUAAUUAUGCUUUGACAAAAUUCGUAAUACAGAUUAAGCUAGAUUAGAUGCAUUCAAUUCAAAGUUCCAUAAAAUGAUAAUUACUUACCCAAUUAAUUUCCAGUUUCUAAGAUAAAUAGAUCUGGUACAACCAAUAACUCUUACACCAUUAUUCUUCAAUUACUACAAUUAGCAUAUAAGUUCUAUUUUUUGAUACUUUCAUAUCAUCAAAUCCUAUCUUUAAACUUUAUGUACAUAUUUCAACGUUCUAAUAAUCUUAUGUAUAUCUAUUGGAUAUACAACGGUCUAAUAGCUUCCAGUGCGCGACAUUUCCAAUAGAGCACACCUACACACGUUAACACCCCGAAGGAUCAUCGUUUCCCGUCACACAUUCUCUUCCGGACACAUUGACGAACGCCCGCGUAGCACAUAAUCGGUGUCACAGGGAGUCGCUCUAGAAACGUUAAGUUCCAGACAACGACGAACAGUUCCCACUUCAAUUCGCAUCCGUAUUUCAUCCUCCAAUUCAAGGACGCGAUCAGAUGUCCAUGCCAUGUGUUUGAAGAUACCUGUCACACCGUGCUCUAUGUCAUUUUAUCUUGUAUCUUACUCCGCCAUUGUUCGCGGACCAUCUCCAACAAUCAGAGAGAUACGAUGGAACUUAACUUUUCUUCUCCCUCUUCUGGUGACGGUGGAAAUGAUACAGUUUCCGGUUUCCGUGCGAGAGUACCCGCGGGACGAGGUAUCCGCGAGGAACGUACUUACGCGUUCGUCGGAGGGAAUUUGCUUGAGAAACGCGUAAUGAUCGAUAGGAGCUUGACGAACAAGGUUUAGCUGUAACUCGAUUUAUUUCUACGGGAGUAAAGCGUAAUCUUUAUUGUUUAAUCGACGGAAUGGUUAAAAAAUGUGUCCGAGUGAACGGAACUCUGAUACGCAGACUUUUUCAGAUUUUUAAUUAGUUUGUCAUAUUGAUACCUUUGUAUGUGAUUUUUGAUAGUUUAACGUGGUUUCAGUUGAAAAAAUUCAAGUUCAAAAUUUAGAACAUUGAUAGAUAUGAUAAAUUGAUAUUUUGGUUGUAGAGUACAGUAUUGAGCAUUGGGCUCUCUAGGGAAAAUGGUGGUAUAGAGGAAAUAGACUCCAUUAUUUGCUAUUCAUAAAAACCUCGAAAAUUUAAAACUAAUUAAAAACUCAUAAAAGCUCAAAAUUUUAAUUUUAGACACAUUAAUAUUAAGAAUAAUUUAGGAAAUAUUAAUAUAUUUGUUAAUUACUAAAAUUUAAUAUAAAACUAAAAAAUAUUAAUAACACGGUUUAGAAACUAAAAUUUAAAUUAUUAUUGAUUUAGUGAUUGGGCUUUUCUCUAGAGAGGUCUCCAUACUCGAUACUGUACCCGCGUUCAAUUUUUCAUUUAAGCAAAAUUAAAUAAUAUUUUUAUUCCUCUAUAGCAUACACUGUAAAUCUAUAAUAUCUAUACUGAAAAUUUUCAUUUAUAUCAGCAUCAUAAGAAGAUAUUUGCUGAAUGUGUAUAUAAAUUUGUAAAUCAUCGUGAUAAUCUUCUUUAAAUACCUAUAUAAAUAUAUUAUUCCCAAAAGGGUUGACUGAGAAGUUUUGUCCGUGCUUCGAAUAAAAGGCAAUGAAUUGAUGUAAAUUAAGAAAACGGAACUAAAAUUGCACCUUUAAUUAAAAGAGGACAAAACAUUGCAGUCCCUUCUAUUUAAACAAUGUAAAAAUCAUAGUCUAAUAUUUAUUAGCUUUCUCCUUUCCCAAGGUUUAAAGACGCAUUUUUUAAUCACUCUGUACACCUACCAUUGCGAAUAAAAACAAAGUAUUUUUAAUGAACGUCGUGCAAUCUCGCAAGUUUCGUUUGGAAAUGAAAAAAGAAAACACAGCGAGGAAAAAAUAUACCGAACGAUGACGUAAACGUAAAGAAACACCCUGUAUAACCUUAGAUAUAGGUAUAGCGAGAACGAAUCAAAGUAAUAAGUGUAAUUUUAAGUUACGUUGAAGUUUGUAUUAAAUAUCGCGUAUGGACGAUACAAAGGUACGAAUUAUUGCGUAAAACGAAACCCAACAAGCCUUUGAAAAAGUG